AUGUCCGAACAGCCUCCGCCUGCCCCCGCUGCACAGAAAAACAGACUCUUGGGCAUCGGCAUCUUCGCCGCCGCCACCGUCGGACUCUUCCUCUACGCCCGUGCACGUCCCGGCAAGGCCACAAAACCCAUCGUCUUCCCCGGCGAAACAGGCGCCGCAGGCACCCCCGGCAACGGACGGGUCUUCCAGACUAUCUACUCUCCAGAGGAGUUUGAGCUGCUCCUCAGCUCCCCGUCCUCCUCCCGCGGCACCCUCUUCGCCACCUUCGUCCGCCUCGGAGAAGGCCCCAGCAACUCCAUGGCUACCCACAUGUGGGAGAUCGUCCGCAGCAUCGACAAGCCCGAAUACACCAGCACCGUCUGCGUCGAGCUCGCCGGCGGCCGCAACGACGCCCUCGUCUCCAAGUACUUGGUCAACACAGUCCCCUCCGUCCUCGCCUUGAAGAAGACCCUCCCCUACGACACAUACACCGAUAAGGGCGUCGGCAACAGCAACACCCCCAUCGACGACGUCGACAAGGAAAAGCUGCGUGCCUGGGUCCUCGAAGUCCUCAGCAAAUGA